AUUGCAACUUGCAACAUUGACUUUGACAGCUCCACGGAAAACACAAGCGCAUAAAUGUCUCCCCGCGAUAUUUUCCUGAGAAAUGACUUCUACAAAUGAUGGAAAAGACGUGAAAAGUAAUCAAACAAGUGGACACAAAGGCAAAACAUAUUACAUUGACCUUUAUACGUCGCUGGAGAAGGCGCUAAACAGCGACAACUCGCUCGAAGAGCGCACAAGGCACGUGUGCGAGGCGUGGAGUCGCGUCUACAGCCUUUACCAGCACUCGGCGACCGCCACACACCCCCACCUGCUCAGCUGGCUGCAGCGACACACCGCCAACACUAUUCUGCAGGUGAGACACUAGGUAGCGACAUUCGAGGCACAAGGCACGUAUUCGAGGCGUGGCGUCGCGUCUACAGCCUCUACCAGCACUCUGCGAUCUCCACACAUCCCCACCAGCUCAGCUGGCUGCAGCGACAC